CCCAUCCCCAACUUUCGCACCUUCCUCGUCGCUUACUAUCGACUCUCGAGUAUUCCGCUUGAUACCUCCUCGUGCUCCGACCGCGUUACAAGUCCACAGUCUUCGGUGAUCCUCUCUCCUGUCUCGUCCCGGCCAAUCAAUGCUCCAGGGGCAUCUGUUUGUCCGCCUUCAGCGUCAUGGCCAGCGGUAGGCCCCCCGGCCCUCAUCCAGCCGCUGGCCACAAUGAUGAACUGCUGCUGGAUGAGUCGGCUCCCAUGUACAAUUCGGGACAACGCCCACCGGUCAACGAUGACCACUUGUUGCGACAAUACGACAUUGACGACUCCGAAACUCCUCACCCGCGUCCCUCAGUUUCCUACGAUCACUUCGUCGGCGGACAGGUGCCGCCGCAGUCCGGUGCUCAUGCAAUGCCCGCGCAUCCCCCGACCCAAGCGGGGGUAUACAUGACCGAUCCUUACUCCGGUGCCGACAUGUCCCGCACCUACUCGCAAACCUCCGGGUUAAGCAACUACCACCGCUACUCCCUCGACGAGUUCGACGAUGACCGGUCGAUGCACGGAUACUACGAUCUCGACUACCAAGAUGAUAACCAUUUACAACCCGAUAGCCGCGUUCGGCAAGCAAAGGAAAGGAACAGCAUACUGGGUCUGGGAGGCGGGUUGAUGGGCAGAGCGAAGCACAUGCUGGGCAUGGGUGCUGAGUACUCGGAGAUGGAUCUGCCCCUGACGGAAUCUGGAGCCAGAGCUGCGCGGGUGGACAGUGCAGAUCCGGACGAAGGCGGCGCGGCCAGGGCUCCCAAAGCAAAGAAGAAGUCGGAUUUCAAGUUUGGAUUUGGCCGCAGAAAGGUCGACCCGUCUACGCUGGGUCCUCGCAUGAUCGUUCUGAACAAUCCGCCUGCCAAUGCUACGCACAAAUACGUCGACAACCACGUUUCAACGGCCAAGUACAAUGUCAUUACCUUUAUCCCGAAGUUCCUCUACGAACAAUUCUCGAAAUACGCCAACCUUUUCUUCCUCUUCACCGCCGUUCUCCAGCAGAUUCCGAACGUGUCUCCGACGAACAGAUAUACUACGAUUGCCCCGCUGUGUAUUGUGUUAGCCGUAUCGGCCAUCAAGGAAUUAGUUGAGGACUACAAGCGCAGGAUGUCUGACAAAGGAUUGAACAAUUCGAAAACGCAGGUUCUGAAGGGGUCUCAGUUCCAUGAGACCAAGUGGAUCGAUGUGGCUGUGGGAGAUAUUGUCCGGGUUGAGUCCGAACAACCAUUCCCGGCUGAUUUGGUUCUACUGGCGUCCUCGGAACCCGAGGGCUUGUGUUAUAUCGAGACCGCGAACCUGGACGGGGAAACGAACUUGAAGAUUAAGCAGGCAAUUCCGGAAACCGCGCAUUUGGUCAGCCCCGCGGAUCUCAGUCGCUUAAGUGGACGGGUUCGGUCCGAGCAGCCAAACAGCAGUCUGUACACCUACGAAGCAACUUUGACAAUGCACGCCGGUGGAGGUGAAAAGGAAUUGCCAUUGGCGCCGGACCAGCUUCUCCUUCGAGGCGCCACCCUCAGGAACACUCCGUGGGUCCAUGGCAUUGUCGUUUUCACGGGUCACGAAUCGAAGCUGAUGCGGAACGCAACAGCAACUCCGAUCAAGCGCACUGCGGUGGAACGCAUGGUGAAUGUUCAAAUUCUCAUGUUGGUUGGCAUUCUAGUUUCACUGAGUGUCAUCAGUUCCGUUGGUGACCUGAUUGUUCGCCAAACUGAGGCUAGUAAGCUCACGUAUUUGGACUACGGCUCUACCAAUCCGGUCAAACAAUUCGUUCUUGAUAUCUUUACCUAUUGGGUUCUCUAUUCGAACCUUGUCCCUAUCUCGCUUUUCGUGACAAUUGAAAUCGUCAAGUAUGCUCAAGCCUUCUUGAUCAACUCCGAUCUUGAUAUCUACUACGAUAAGACAGAUACACCGGCAACGUGCAGGACAUCCUCGUUGGUUGAAGAGUUGGGCCAGAUAGAGUACAUCUUCUCCGAUAAAACUGGUACACUUACUUGCAACAUGAUGGAGUUCAAGCAAUGCACGAUCUCGGGCAUCCAGUACGGUGACGACAUUCCCGAGGACCGGCAAGCCACCGUCGAGGACGGAAUGGAGGUCGGAGUCCAUAGCUUCAAGAAGUUGAGGGAGAACCUGCGCUCUCACCCUUCGAAAGAUGCUAUACAUCAUUUCCUCACUCUGCUCGCUACUUGUCACACGGUCAUUCCGGAGAGAUCUGAGAAAGAGCCAGGGAAGAUCAAAUAUCAAGCCGCGUCUCCUGACGAAGGUGCACUUGUCGAAGGUGCUGCAACCCUGGGCUAUGCCUUCUCCAAUCGUAAGCCCCGGUCAGUGAUUUUCACUUUUGACAACCAGGAUUACGAAUAUGAACUUUUGGCGGUCUGCGAAUUCAACUCUACGAGAAAGCGCAUGUCGACAAUCUUUCGCUGCCCUGAUGGAAAAAUCCGCAUCUAUACUAAGGGUGCGGAUACUGUCAUCCUUGAACGCCUGCACCCCGACAACCCAAUGGUUGAAGCGACGUUGCAGCAUCUGGAGGACUAUGCAUCGGAUGGUCUUCGGACACUUUGCUUGGCUAUGCGUGAAGUUCCCGAAGACGAAUUCCAGCAGUGGUACCAGAUCUACGACAAGGCUGCGACAACAGUUGGUGGAAACCGUGCCGACGAGCUGGAUAAGGCUUCGGAGCUGAUUGAGAAGGAUUUCUAUCUCCUGGGUGCCACAGCAAUUGAAGAUCGUCUGCAGGAUGGAGUUCCGGACACUAUCCAUACCCUCCAGACGGCAGGAAUCAAGAUCUGGGUCUUGACUGGUGACAGACAAGAAACCGCCAUCAACAUUGGAAUGUCGUGCAAGCUUAUUUCCGAGGACAUGACAUUGUUGAUUAUCAAUGAGGAGAGUGCGGAGGCAACUCGAGAUAAUUUGACCAAGAAGCUCCAGGCUGUUCAAAGUCAGGGGACCUCUGGUGAAAUCGAAGCGCUAGCUCUGAUCAUUGAUGGUCGAUCAUUGACGUUUGCCCUUGAAAAGGAUAUGGAGAAGCUGUUCCUGGACCUGGCUGUCAUGUGUAAAGCUGUGGUCUGCUGCCGUGUUUCUCCCCUUCAAAAGGCCCUUGUCGUCAAGCUUGUUAAACGCCAUCUUAAGUCUCUACUUCUCGCUAUUGGAGAUGGCGCAAACGACGUGUCCAUGAUUCAAGCCGCACACGUUGGUGUUGGUAUCAGUGGUGUCGAAGGUCUACAAGCUGCUCGGUCUGCGGAUGUUGCUAUUGCACAGUUCCGGUAUCUUCGCAAGCUUCUGCUUGUCCAUGGUGCUUGGAACUACCACCGGAUAAGUCGUGUCAUUCUGUACUCGUUCUACAAGAACAUUGCUCUUUAUAUGACGCAAUUCUGGUAUUCCUUCCAAAAUGCCUUCUCUGGUGAGGUUAUCUACGAAUCUUGGACACUUUCUUUCUACAACGUGUUCUUCACCGUUCUCCCUCCAUUCGCAAUGGGUAUCUGUGACCAGUACAUUUCCGCUCGACUGCUGGACCGCUAUCCUCAACUGUACCAACUCGGACAGAAGGGUAUGUUCUUCAGGCGACACAGUUUCUGGUCAUGGGUUCUAAACGGCUUCUACCACUCCCUCCUGCUGUACGUCGUCUCGGAAUUAUUCUUCCUCUGGGACGGACCCACAGGAGAUGGUAAAACUUCCGGCCACUGGGUGUGGGCCGAAGCAACCUACACCGCAGCACUAGCAACAGUGCUAGGCAAGGCGGCCUUGAUUACCAACAUCUGGACCAAAUACACGUUCAUCGCCAUCCCAGGCUCGAUGUUGCUCUGGCUCAUCUUCCUCCCGGCCUACGGUUACGCAGCCCCAGCCAUCGGCUUCUCCCAAGAAUACUACGGCACGAUUCCCCGUCUCUUCAAAGACCCCGUCUUCUACCUAAUGGCCGUCAUCCUCCCCUGCAUCUGCCUACUCCGCGACUACGCCUGGAAAUACGCCAAACGCAUGUACUACCCGCAACACUACCACCACGUGCAAGAAAUCCAGAAAUACAACGUCCAGGACUACCGCCCCCGCAUGGAACAAUUCCAGAAGGCGAUCCGCAAAGUCCGUCAAGUCCAACGUAUGCGGAAACAGCGCGGCUACGCAUUCAGUCAGGCCGACGAAGGUGGACAGAUGAGAGUGGUGAAUGCUUACGAUACUACCCGGGGCAGAGGACGCUAUGGUGAAAUGACUAGCUCCAGGGCUCUGGUGUAAUGAAUGACUUGAUUGACUUUACCUGAUUGAUUGAUUGAUCGAUGGAAGCUUCUAUGUUUCUUUAUUAUGUGUGUGUCUGUGUGUGUCUUUUGUAUUUUCUUUUUUCCUUUUCUUUUCUCUUCUCUUCAAUUAUCUUUCGCUUCUCUGUAAUUCUUUGAAGUGUUCCCGUCUCGUCUCAUUGCAUGAGUCUCCAUCCUUGUAUUAGUUGCAUUUUCUGGCGAUGAAAUGAAGUCUCCCUUUUUCCUCUUGGAAUGGAUGGAUGUGGUUUGGUCCGUUUUCUUGUGUCCUUUUCCUCUUCUCUUCCUUUAUAUUACCU